ACGACCAUGGAAGAGGGUGAACAGCAACACACGCAAGACCCACCACGGGUGAGAGACGAGCCAGUAGGAGGAGAAGCAAGCGAGCAAGGAAAACAGCAGCUCGAGACAGCACAGUCGGAGCCAGAACCGCAGACUGAGCCACAACAACAAGCUCAGCUCGAACAACCAUCGCAACUACAACCGGAAGCAACACCCCAGCAACAGCCUCAAGAAGGGUCUCAAGGAGCACCAGAACCACCCCGUCCAGCAAAAAGACGUCCUUUACCACCCAAAAAGGGUAUACUGAAACCCCCUCCCCCACCAUCAAAGCCGACUCUUGGUCAUCGGUUGAGGGAUAUGGUUGGAGGUGCAGUGACUGCUGUUGGCACCAGGGUUGCUGGAGGGGAAGGCGAUGAGGCGGUUGUGUCAGGUGAUGGGACUGGUAGAGCUGGAGUGAAUGGGAAUGGUCAAUGGACAGCGCCAGGAUCAACAUCAACGCAGCAGAUGUCGGCACACGGGCAAGGACAACAGGCAAAUACGCCAAUGCCGACUCCAAGAGUCCUAGGUGGACAAGGGGGGACGUUGGCAUCGCUCAGUGGGAGGCUGGCUAUGGGUAUAGGCCGAUUAGUUACAAACGCCCAGAAUCAGGUUCAGUCGCAAAGUCAAGGACAGGGGCAAGAAGCCAGUCAUGGCCAUGGUCUCGCGAGACAACUCUUUUCAACUUCCAUGCCCUCGCCCCCACCGCCGCCGCCUUCGCAAGACGAUUACCUUAGCCACGCGCGAGGACCGAGUUUACCAAGGAAAGAAGCGCCCCCGUUACCACCUCGCGAUGGUGCUGCGUCACCUACACCCAAGUUCAUCACCUCCACCCCAACCACCAACCAUCGCAAUAAUAACGAUAGCAAAAAGAAACAACCUCUCAAGAAAGUUACUUUCCUCCUUCCGAGCAUGAGUAUCAUCUAUCCUAUCUCUUCGAACGGUGAACCAUGGAGUGAAAAGGUCUUGGCCGAUCGGGCAAAGAUUGAAAACACUCAACGUUCACUUCUCAUAACCUCUCUCCAUCCAUCUUACUGGACCCCACACCGCCUCGUGGUACUCUACGAACAAGCCUGUCGAGGACGUGAGGAGCGACCCCGUAUAGGUGUUAUCCGGGCUCUUGAAUCCCUUCCGGCCGUCUCCAAAUCUCCUUCCCUUGCUCCAGAACGCAUAAUCCACCUCACCCUCCGCCCAAUCAACCACGCCACCAUCUCCUCCUCCCUUCCACCCGGCAUUCACCCGCUCGACGUCCCUUUGGGCCAUCAUUCCGCUGAACCGGUGGCGGACGUGUUGGCGACACGAUUUGGGCUGGUCGGUCUGUUGUUGGAGGAUGGGGCAGUGGAGGAAGGGGGUUUGAAGAGUAUUUUGCAUGCUUUGCUUGUAAGUGGCGGUCCCGGUGAUAAGGAAUCAACUGGGGGGAAAGAGAGGGGGUCGGAUGGGGUGGAAAGAUUGAGUUUGAAGGGAUGUAAGAAGAUUCGUGAGAAUGGGUGGGGUCUGGUAGCAGAAUAUCUCAAGAUGGCAAAGAAUUUGAAGCACCUCGAUUUAUCCGAAACAGUAUGGAACCGAAAAUCGAUGGAAGCGCUCGUCAAAGCUCUGAACGAACCUUGCUAUUCCUCCGUCUCUCAAUCAACCUCCUCGCAUUCUAUUUCUACUUCCAUUUCUGCGUCGAGGGGAGGACAGAAGAUUGAAGGGAUGUUAAUGAUUUCCUCAUCUCCUACCGAUACAAGAAACGGAAAAGAAAAGACUGCAGCGUCGGAUUGUGAAGAGAAUGAAGAAGAGCGGGACGAAGGGGAAUGGGAGGGUGAGGGAAGGAAACGUAAUUUGUAUAGCACUUUCCUUCCUCCUGCGCCUUUGCUCAAACCCUCUUCAUUAACCGACGUUUUUUCUCUCGAUCCCGCGCAGCAGGUCCAGCAACAACUGCACUCGUCUACGCCUCAGCCCCAGCCACAGUCUCUCCAGGUACAAACCCAAACUCAACCCCCACCUCAAACCCAAUCCCCCUCCCAACAACAAACAUCCCUUCAAACCCUCCGCCUCGACUCUUGCUCCCUUCGUCCACCCCUCCUUGAAGUUCUCGCCCAUGGGAUCCGCACAUCCGGACUUAAACAUCUUUCUCUUCGGGGGAAUAGGAUAAACAGAGAUGGGGCGGUAGGGGUGGCUGUCAUGGUUAGGGAUUAUGAUUACGAUUCUUUCUCUUCCCGCUUAGCUGGUGUGGGGCGUUCGGGAGUUGCUAGUGGUGGUGGCGGCGGUGGGAUGAGCGGAGUAGAAGGAUUCGGUAGAAAGGAAAAAGGAGAAGAGGGGGUGGUACCCCAUAUAACAGGAUCAAGAGGCGUGACAUCAAUGACGGUGCCGAAAGGGUAUACACCCCCGCGAAUGUCGGUGAUGGAGAGAUUGCAAAUGCCAUUUGAUGCGUCUUCCUCACUUGAUUCUCAUUCCGAAUCACAUUUGUACUCGCGCUCUCGUGCUCAAAACGAUAAGGGUACGGAUACACCAGAAAAAUCGAAAGCGACAAUCGACAAGGAGAAAGAGAGGGAGAAGGAAAAGUCGGAGAGAUGGGUACCAGGCCCAACGAGUAGAGCAUUGGAAAGGAGUGUGAGAGCCCUUGAAAACGUACAGCGGAUCGGAAAGUUACAGACGCUUGAUUUGAAGGGGAAUGAUAUUCGGGGAGGUGUGACAUACAUUGCCCAAGUUUUAAAGCGUAACCGUACCCUCAGAAUCCUCAACCUCUCAUCCAACUCUAUCCCACCUUCCGGUCUUGCAGCACUCGCCGAGUCGCUCAAGUACAAUACUUCCCUCUCUACUCUGUCGCUCUCUGAUAAUCCAUGCUGUAACACGUCCUCUUCCCCUGUUUCUAGCAACAGCAGGGGUAUAACAGCAAACACCUUGGGCGCAAAUUCGGAAGGACGCGAUGCGGUAGUCAGCCUGCGUAAUGCAUUGGCUGUCAACACUACUCUCAAACGAUUAUUCCUCAGCUCUGUGGGUAUGGGCGACGAAGGUGCCAUUGCGCUCGCAGAAUUUUUGGGUGAGAACCAAGGCCUCCUUCACCUUGAUUUAACAGCAAACCCUAUCGGUGCGGCGGGCGUGCACGCGUUGUAUGGCGGCUUAAGGGUGAACCGCCUGAUCAGGUGCUUGGAUCUUAGCAUGCCUAUGUCUGCUGGUGGGGAAAGGGAAGAUGAGGAGGAGGAAAAGGAAAGGGAAAGAGAGGCAAUGGCAAGAGUCAUGCAGGGUGUCCUCAGCAUUUGUGUGAGGAAUACAGAAGAAGCGGCGGCGGUACUUGCUGCUUCUUAUGAUGAAGCGUAUGGAGUAUCAUCGGGGACUGUACAAGGGCAACAUACAGAGCACGAGCCGUAUGGUCAUAAAGGGGGCGAAGCUUCAAGUGAUGCGACUACCCACUCCAGGGCGCAGGCAAAUGAUGGUGCAAGUAUGCCUGGAGAGGCAGAAGCGGAUGGAUCUAAGAAAGGAGAGAGUGAACACAAGGCACUGAGUGCAGCGGCCGAAGCGGAAGUCUGGGCGCCUUUAAAGCGUUCAGACCUUUUGCGUUCUUUGAAAGCCCAAUCGACAUCUUCUCCCACUCCAACCAAAUCAGGAUCCACCUCCGCAGCGCCGCGUGUAAAUGUACUCAGCGAGGCCGAGCGAGCAAAAAUCAUCUCUCUCCCCUUGCCGGCUCUCUUUGCGCUCGGCAAAACCUCUGUCUCCCUUCUCGACCAGUAUUUUACUGCUAGUAAGGUCUACGACGAUCUUUUAAAACAAGGCAACGCGCAAAACUGGGAAGGCGGGAAGGAGAUGCCCACAGAAGAGUAUGAAAAAGUACUCGCCAAGGCGCAAAUGGUGUUGGAGAGGUUGGUGGAAAUAAUACAACGCGUUGUGGAAGGUGCAGAGGAGGGAAACGGAGUCGGGAUUGAAGAGUUAUUGGAGGUGAAUGAUCGGCUUACUGCCUUGAUUAAGCAGAGUGAAGGAUUUACCCCCCCUCCUCGCGUCUUGCUUCCUUCUCAAAUCAUGUCUUCGUCCUCUUCCACCUCUAAAUAUUCGUCGAAUCAGCAAAGUAAGAAGCAGAAGAAGGACGGCAAGCAGCUUUUGACGCCGAUAUCUAGACGCCACGCGCAUCACGCCAAGGGGAGUAGUCUUGAGAUCUCAAGCCCGAACUUUUCGAUCGGAGAUAGUGAUGAUAAUGAUAGUGAUGCGGAAGAGCUGGACAUGAUGCAGCUUGCGGCGAGACAUGCGGCACACACGCGUUCGGCUUCGAUGCAGAGUAAGGCUAGCAAUCAUGGUGAAUCAGUUGGGCUGGGGAUCAUAGCGAAGGGAGACGAGGACGCAGAGAGCGAGGGGAAGGAAAAAGAUAAAGAUGAAGAAAAUGUUGAGGGCGGUCCAGGAAGAGGGGUGAAGGAAGAAGAUGAAAAACAAAAAGAAAUCGAACGAGGUCUUAUGGAAGCCCAAGCCUUCUCCUUCUCACUCCCCUCUUUCUCAUCAGUCGGUAUCCUCGACAUCAACACUUCCACCUCUUCUUCUAAUCUCAACGGUAAGGACAGCCCUUCAUCACCAGUGGAAAAAACUUCAAAAGCGUGGGUAGAGGAGGAGAGCGAGAUUUUUAGGAAGGGUGUCCAGCUCGGCGUGGCGGAUGAGGAUGAGGAUGAUGAUGGGGAACAAGGACAGGAAGGGGUCAGUGGUGAAGAGUUGAGGAAAGAAAUCCUGGAUACUCCCGUGGCGAGGAGUACAACGAAACGAGUAAUCCCUGUGGAGAGCGAAGGCGGUGAGCGCGAGGAUGAUGAUGAUGAUGAUGAAGAGGAGCAGGGAGGGGAUUAACUUUGGUUAUCGGAAGCGAGGAAAUGUAUUGACAUUUAUAGGGUAUAGCACAUAGCGUUUAUGGUCCUGUAUUACAUAAAAGUCUUCAUUUGGAGUUAUGGACAAUCCAAUUUUAUGUUUUUGUCGCGAUUAUGUUUUGUCGCGAUUA